AUUUUUCAUUCUCUUCCAUGUCAUGGCCGUCGUCGUCUGCCGGUAUGCAGAUGCGCCUGGUGAAGCUGCGCAGCGACGUGCUGCCCGAACGGGCACGCGUCGCCGUCAUCGACCAUAGGACCGAAGGGGUGGCUAUCGGUCGAGAUCGAUCAUACACGGCGCGCAUCAGAAUUCCGUCGAUGGAGGUCUCCAAGCACCACGCCUGUCUCUUUGUCUUCAACGACGGCCGCUUUGGCAUCUCGGACACGGGCUCAACCCAUGGCACUUUUGUUGCCAAACGGGGCUCAUCGCACUUUGAAAGGCUCUCGAUGCCAAAGAAGGCCAGCGCACCCAUGUCCCUUGGCCAUCUCGAUAUUGUCAGGCUCGGCAUGGGUGCAAACGAGUUCGAGGUCCACCUCCAUCACUCCUCGACGGGCUGGUCCUGCGAGGUGUGUUGCCUCGAUGAGAGGGGUGAAAGCGAGAUCCACCUGGAGGAGAAGCAGCCGUCGUCGGGGACUGCGAACAGUGCGAGCACGAGCAGAGAGCAGCAGCAGCAGCAGCAGCAGCAGCAGCAGCAGCAGCAGCAGCAGCAGCAGCAGGGCGCCGUCGCGCCCAAGCAUGGCUAUGGCUUUGGUGACCGCAAGCUCGAGUCGGAGUCGGUGAGGAGGCAGACGAUGAGCCAGCUUCGGUCGCGUCAUCUUGGCGCCGAAGGCAGCAGUAAGAACGGGGAUAGAGCCACCGCCACUGCCACCGCCAAUGCCCUAUCCACACCAGCUGUCGCUGCUGGCGAGAGCAAGACAAACAACUACGUCGACCGAGCGGCACAGCGAAGGGCGCUGGUCGGCGGGGCACCAACCACAGCCGCAACACAGCACAUGCCCCGAAAUGUCGAGCCCGCGCGAACUGCCGCCGCCGAAAAGACACCGAAGACGCGGACUACGAGCGAGGACCCGCUUCGGUCUGACAACCGAGGCUACCAGCUGUACGCAGGCAUGGUCCAGCACGGCACACCGGCUCCCCACCGGGGCGCCGUCGUCGUGGCCCAGGGCGUCGAGGGACGGGCGGGGCUUGGCAGCAAAAGGCUGCUCCAGAUCGACGAGGUGGCCGACCGUGCCAGUGCGCAUGGCCACGGACAUCAAGACGCCCGCGAGAGGCAGAGGAGACGCUACGAAGACUCGCUCGCACGCAGCUCAUGACAUGCAUCCUCCGUCGUAUUUUUAUUUUGUUUUUAAUAUUUCUCUUCUUCGUUGGGUGUCAUUUCGGACCCAAA